UAAUGGAUAGCUUCACCCAGCUCCAAAGCCUUUCCUAGCAGGUUCUCUAAGUUACUCACAUUUCCUCAUCCUAACUAUCUCAUAAAAAAGCCAUGGGUUUCCGCUUGCCAAGAAUUGUUAAUGCUAAGCCUAGUCUGAAACGGAGUCUUUCAUCUUCGGAGACAACAGUGGUGCCCAAAGGCCACUUUGCUGUUUAUGUUGGAGAAGUUGAUGAAAAGAAGCGAUUCGUUGUUCCUAUAUCAUUGCUGAAGCAUCCUUCAUUCCAGAAUUUGUUGAGUCAAGCUGAAGAAGAGUUUGGUUUCAAUCACCCCAAGGGUGUAUUGACAAUCCCUUGUAGCGAAGAAGCUUUCAUUGAUCUCACUUGCAAUCUGCAAAGUUCAUGAGAAGAAAUUGGCUAACCAAGCAGAGAUUGAUUGAUCUUUAGCUCAUCUAACACCUCCCAAAUUUUAGUUUUAGGAAGCAAGUGUGUAAGGUGGGUUGUGUUUUGCAAUCCCAUGCCCUUGUCAACGAAAUUAAUUUUUGUAACCAAUAUAUAAAUUUUUCAAUGAAACUUUCUUUUCAUGAA